AUGCUCGCUCUCCGACUGUUACAUCGUCGGCUCUCUUGGACUGUCCCCAGAAAGGCCAGCCAACGCACAUUUGCAAGCGUUCCUCAGCUCUUUGCCGGCGAUUUUGGAGUUUCAAAGAAUACCGAACAUGUUCGACAAGUCAAUCGUCACCUUAAGGAUAGCGGGAUUGUGAAGAUCAACCUUCAAUUUGAAGACGAUCAUUGCAGCUAUCUCAAACAGUUGCUUCUUCAGCUUCAUAAAGACCAUGACCACGGGCUUCCAACAACCCACAGCGCAUCUCGAGGUUGGCUUUGGGAUGUGCGCCCGCAACCUGACCCUCCGACCGACGCUUAUAUCGCACGCUCAGAGACGAUGUACGAGUUUCCCUGGCACACAGACUGCAGCUAUGAGAAUUCGCCCGCCCGCUACUUUGCUCUACAAGUGGUGCAGCCUGACAAGUGUGGGGGUGGUACUCUCUCUGUUCUGGACACUUCCCGCCUGCUGUCUCUCAUGUCGCCUUCGGUCCUCGAGACGCUCGGCCAGCCUGAAUUCCGUAUCAACGUCCCGCCCGAGUUUAUCAAGGAGGAAAAGAAGACACACAUCAUCGGGAAUCUGCUUCAGGUGGAUGAGAAGCUGAGGACAACCCAGCUCCGAUUUCGAGAGGACAUCAUCACACCAUUGACGGAACCGGCGCAAGCUGCGUUUGAGGAACUACAGCUAGCUCUGGCAAGUGAUGUUAUUCAGUCGCAGGUAGUGCGCCUAACAUCUAGCCUGCUUCCACGUGGAUCGAUCAUCGCGAUGGACAAUCAUCGCUGGUUGCAUGGUCGGGAUGAGGUUCUUGACCCUAACCGAUACCUUCGUCGAGUUCGAUGGGAUGCACGUCCUUUCAAUAACCUGUAA